AUGGGCUGCUCUCUUAAAAAAGAGAAACGAUUCUCAACCUUCAAUAUUAAUGAAUAAAACACUUUUUAUUUUGUGAUAAUAAAUGGAGACCAAGAACUUAAAAAUCUUAAAUAAAGAAAGAGAUUGUCAAAUUCAGUUCCAACUUUGGGCUCAAUAAGUAUUAUUUAUCAUUCAGUAAAAUCUAGAUCAUAGCACUAUAAUUUAAAGGAGAAAUAAACUACUUCAAUCUUAAUUAGGUCAGAUGGUAUUAUAAAGACAUAAUUUAAAGACUUCCACCCAGUAACUUCAUAAGAGUUGA